AAUCACUUAGCUUCUCAAACAAGAAGAAGAAGAAAAUGGCCUGCACCGUAGAUUUACGGUGCCUCGACGAGGGAUUCGGCGGUAAAACCUUCAAACGAAAGCGUGAAUCUCAAGAACAAGCCUCCGCCGAAGCCUCCAUGGACAUCGAUUCGAUCCAACCUCCUUCGGCGAAACGCAGCGCCGUCGCUUCCUCGGAAGAUCCAGACAAGCCUGUAUCCGUCGUCGCGAUCGAGAGACCUACAUACGACGGCGUGAUCUCCGGGAAAGUCUCCGGACGGCCGUGGAAGCAGCCGCGAGCUCACAGAGCGUCGGGUAGGUUUGUGAGGAACAAGGGGCCGGAUCUUGAGGAGAUGAAGAGGGGGAGGGAGAUUAAGAGAGCGUACAGGGAGAGGAUGAGCGAGCUCAAGGAGGAGAUUAGGAGUAAUAAGGUGGAGAAGAGGAAGAAGAAGGAGGAGAGGGAGAAGAGGAAGCAGGAGAAUGUUUUGAGGACGGGGACCAAGUUGCAGAAGAUUACGAACCCUAAGACGUUGAAGAAGAUUGCCAAGUCUAAGCAGAGGAAGCAUCUUAAAGUUAUUACUGAUGAGAUGAUGAGUGGGAACAAGAAGAGUGUCAAGACUUGACUGUUUUUUUUUUUUUUUGAGUUUUUGUAUUUUUCGUGACGUUUAGUCAAAAUGUUGUUACUUAGUGAGAUUUUGCUUCUACAGGAAACAGACUGUCUUUGUUAUACAAUGAGGUUUAUAAUAUAUGAUUUCACUGAUGAA